AUGAAGUAUUCGAAAACGCCCGGAUCGAGACAAGAUUCUAUAGAAGUUUCUAUUUCCCCAAAUCAAGAGAACAUAGACCCACAAACAUCAAGGAUUUCAGAUUCAGUCCAGGUGGAUAUAGGACAAAAGCUUAUACCGAAUCCUACUAACCAAACUGUUUGCAAUUAUCCAACUUCAGAAAUGUCUUGUGCAGCUUCAGUAGCUUUGCCUAAACGCGGCAACUUAGAAAGGCAUCAUAAAUCCUUGCAUAAAAUUUACGAAAGUGAUUUUCCUCUCAAAAGUGAAAUAAGACGUCAGAAAGUUCAAGAUCUGAAAGGUAGCUUGAAGGCCGAGCAAGCUAUGUUUACCAGGCCAAGUAAACAAUCGGAAGCUGCGACAGUUGCGUCCUUCAAAGUAUCUCAUAUAUUGGCAAAACACAAAAAACCCUUUGAAGAUGGCGAGGUAUUGAAAAAAGCAUUUCUCGAAGGCGCAAAUUCAUUAUUUGGCGACUUUAAAAAUAAAACUGAAAUCAUGUCUGCCAUAAAAGAGCUCCAGUUGUCUCGUCGGACUGUAACUAGACGUGUUGAGCUCAUGAACAGUGAUAUCGAGCAAAAGCUAAAAAGUGAUAUUAUGAGAUGUUCAUUCUUUUCUUUACAAUUUGAUGAAUCCACUGAUAUGAUUGACACUGCCCAGCUAUGUGUGUUUAUUCGGAUGGCAUUUCCAGAUACGUCGUCUAAAGAAGAGUUCUUAACAAUCAUACCUUUGAAAGAAACCACUCGCGGUUCAGACAUAUACGAUGCUUUUCUAAGUUUUGCGAAAAACUACGAGCUGCCUCUGUAUAAACUAGUGUGCAUAACAACAGAUGGAGCACCAUCAAUGACUGGAAAGACUAAUGGAUUUGUGGCACUGUGCAGAGCUAAUGAAGACUUCCCAUCUUUUUUUUCUUUUCAUUGCGUCAUUCAUCAGCAGGUGUUGUGUUCGAAAGUACUGAACAUGGCAGAUGUGAUGAGCAUCACUAUGAAGAUCGUAAAUUCUAUACGAGCCAGAAGCUUGCAACGACGCCUCUUCAAAGUGCAAUUGGAGGCCAGCGAAUCUGAGCACACAGAUUUAUUGCUCCAUACAGACGUAAGGUGGCUGAGCCGGGGAAAGUUCUUAGAACGGUUUCAAGAAUUACUACCUGAAAUCAUUUCUUUUCUGGAUCAAAGGGGUGAUGACACGGAGAUUCUUAAAAGUGAAAGUUGGCUGUGUGAUUUGGCUUUCCUUACUGAUGUGACUGGUCAUUUGAAUUCUAUAAACCUGGAGCUACAAGGGAAAGAUAAAACUAUUAUGGACAUGAUUAGCACAAUUAACUCAUUUAAAAGUAAAUUGCAGCUUCUGAUCAACCAACUGAAAAAAAAGGACUUGAAAAAUUUUGCGUGUUUGAAAGCAAAAACAAGCGCCGUAAUAAAUUAUAAUAAAUACGAAACAGAACUUGGAAAUAUUCUCAGCGAGUUUGAAAGACGUUUUUCUAACUUACAAAAAUUGACGAACGUUGUUACUUUCAUGAUUUAUCCUUUUUCUUGUGUGGAUGUUGAAAUUACUGCUUCUGAAAUAUCGAACACUUUUGACAUGGAUUUGUCUUCUCUCGAAAACGAGAUGAUACAGAUCAUUUCAGAUGUUCACCUAAAAGCCAAAGCAACAGAUAUCAGUUUUUGGUCUCUUUUGACCCAAGAAAAAUACCCAAGUCUCCAACAAAUCGCACAGCAAUUAACUGCUUUGUUUGGGUCGACGUAUUUGUGCGAAUCUGCGUUUUCUGAAAUGAAAAUAAUUAAAUCCAAAUACCGCAAUCGACUUACCGACGAACAUUUGUCUUCCUGUUUACGUUUGGCACUUACUAAAUACGUGCCUUCCUAUGAGAAAUUAGCAGAAAAUACGCAGUGCCAUGCAUCGACCUCUAAGUAA